UCUCUUUUUCGCUCUGAGAAGCAAAAAUAAACCCUAAUCCGCCGUUCAGUGCUUUCUUUUUGUCUCGAUUUUUCUUCUUCAUACCCCAACUUGUAUACGAUGAAUCCGAACCCCAUCGACAUGAAGCCAAAUUCGAACUCUACCAUUCUCAAUCCCAAAGACGAACCCGGCGCCACAAAGUUGAACGACAACGCCUCCGCCACUUUGAACCGGGGCGUUCAACCGAGACAGAAGCUUGUAGUGAGGUUGCGUCAGAAGGGUCUCGAAGUCAAGUGGCUGGCCGGUAUUGUUUGCUCUCUUGGACGAGGAAUUGACACCUUUUUCAUCGAGAUGAAGGACGGAAAGCCAAUAUUAACGAUGGAAGGAGACGCCAUGGAUACCAAAGAAAUUGUGUUGAAGCUACAUCAAACAUGCGGAGGAGUCGAUGGAUGUUCUUACAGUUGUGGGAGGGAAGAAUUUACAUUGUGUUUAAGCUUCAUCGAACUUGCGGAUGUCCAGGAGUUGGAGAGUUUAAUGUCAGUAAUGACGAGGAAGAACUGACAUUGGGUGACAUUUGACUCUCCUUGCCCUUCGGCACUUCUUGGCGUUCAAAUUUUGUGGGGCAUUGGAUUUGGGCUUUCUGUAUAAUCUCAAUCACCCUAAAAUGCCACUUUUCACAAUCUUAACCAAACUAGAGGUACAUCAUUUAGUGUCUAAUUUUAUAUAUUACAAGAUUACAUACUCUUAA